GUGUCGCAAGACACUAUAUAACCGAACCACACCGAGGGCCGAGCAGAUCUGUCGACUUCCGUGUGAAUCACUCUAAUUCUACUCCUAAUACCUCGGUUUUUUGCGGUGCUCAACCAGUUUCACCGCUAUUUAGUGGUUCGAAGUUCUCCCUAGUUCAUUUUGGAGUUUUUCUGUUGAUUUUCCAAGCGCUAUGCAGGCCAUCAAAUGUGUAGUUGUGGGCGACGGUGCUGUAGGUAAAACAUGCCUUCUUAUCAGCUACACUACAAAUGCCUUCCCUGGAGAGUAUAUUCCAACAGUGUUCGAUAACUACUCGGCGAAUGUUAUGGUGGAUGGAAAACCUAUCAAUCUGGGUUUAUGGGAUACGGCCGGCCAGGAGGACUAUGACAGACUGAGGCCUCUCUCAUAUCCUCAGACAGACGUGUUUCUUAUUUGCUUUUCACUCAUUAGUCCAGCAUCAUAUGAAAACGUCAGAGCAAAGUGGUACCCUGAGGUCAGCCAUCAUUGCCCAAACACACCCAUAGUCCUUGUUGGCACCAAACUUGAUCUUCGUGAUGAUAAAGAAACAAUAGAUAAACUCAAGGAAAAGAAAUUGGGUCCAAUUGGGUACACACAAGGCCUACAAAUGGCAAAGGAAAUCGGCGCUGUCAAGUACCUUGAAUGUUCUGCUCUAACACAGAAAGGACUUAAAACCGUAUUUGAUGAAGCAAUUAGAGCUGUACUAUGUCCGACAAAGCCUGCCAAGAAGCCAAGAAAUAAGGGAUGCAAGCUUUUAUAAGCAACACUUAUGAAUGUUUUCAUAAUUUUUCUCUAUCAUACACAUAGGCCCAAUUUUUGAUACUGGGAUAGCAUUGUUUUUGAUACAAAAAUGCCAGGGUUUGUCUGAUUGCCAUAUUUUCUGCUGAUGAUAUUUUUGCCCAGCAACUUUUACUUUACUGGUGUUUUUGUGCAAAAAAAAUUGUGGAAAAGCUCAUUCACAGAAUCUCUAUUAUUUCAUCACAGAACAUGUAUUUUUAUGCAUCUUGUAGGUGUCACAAUCUUUUACUCAAUUCUAAGGGACCCCUGAAUUUGUAUCAACUAAAUACCUGGGAUGGUAAAUAAGCAAUGGUAGACAUUCUAAAAUCAUAAUAUGCAGGUACUGUAUCAAGUUAGUCUAGCUAAAGCACACUGCAGAGCCACUGUACAGGAGACUCAUUUUUUUGGGGGGAAGGAACUUAUAAAGGAAGGCAUCCAAAGAGUUUAAAGUGCACAAUUUCUUGUGAGUGUGGCAAGUGUUGGUAGAAAUUUCAAAGAUUUGACAUUUUUUUUUUUAAAUCAUUUGCCAUCCCUGGGGGUUAAAUGAUAUUACUCUUUUAUAAUUUUGGGUGUCACUUGAUGAUCUGGUUUGGUUGUAUGGCUUGGGCAAAGACACCUACCUGUUCCAAUAGCAAUAGUUUUAAAGGAAUUUGCUCAAAAAAGUUGCUUGUGGAUUUUCUUGCCAUAGUGUUUUUUUUUUUUUUUUUUUUCACUUAGUCUUAUUUUGGUCACAAAUUUUUGGGUAUUUUUUCUUGUGACCUUAUCAUAAAAAUAUUCAAACUUUUACACAUGCCAAAAUCAAUUGUAUUAUUUAGGAUUGUUAGUUUAGUAAUUAAAAAGACAACUUGUCUGUGUGAUCAAUAACAGAUAGUUGGGCAUCGGAAAUAAAAAGUUAUUUGCAUAGAUUUUUGUUUUCUUUGAAAAUAAUCAUUUUGUUGUUUUGUAAAAAAAAUAUGAAAAUUCUCACUAAUCCAGAUGAGUUGCCUUUUAUAGUUUGUGAAUAUGAAAUAAAAAGCCAAUGUUUGUGUACUACAAAA